UCAUGGCCAGAGUCCUGAGGUAAAAUCCCUCACAUGAGCUCCACAUUGACUGCAGGGCUCAUAGAAGGAGUCCUGUCCAGCGCUGGUGUCACCAUUCCCUCUCUUUUAUAGCUCCUCACACAAAAGCCUCAAUAAGUUUCCCUGGUCCCUGGCUGUGGUCAUGGCCCCUCCUCAGACACACAGAAGGGGGCAGGCUUCAGCAUCAUCACCUCACACAGCCAGGGAAUAGUGUCAGCUCUGACGGGGAUUAUGUCAUUCCACUGGUUUUUUUCUAACUUCUUGAAAGUGCUUCCUUAUGGGGGCUGACUGACAGCAAAGCUGGAGUGCGCACUAUAUAAGUGAGUGAGGGCUUCUCCUGCAGCAUUGUAGACAAGGCUCCUCACAAUACAGGCAGGAGGGACCUCACAGGAAACCAAGGAUAUUUGCUUUGUACUUAACACUAUUGUAACACUUUCUUCAGCUACAGGAGUUAUGCUGCAAAGAAAACUGGUUUGGCUGCCCAUUUUUAUUACAUUCUGUGCUUCUCUCCAUGCUCAAGAUGAAGAGAAAGAAGAUGAGACCACAUUUGAUCUGUUUGACAUCAGUAACAUAAACAAGAAGACCAUUGGAGUUAAACUUUUCCGUGGACAUGAUCCUCUCUCUCCAGCCUAUCGUUUCCUACGCUUUGAUCACAUCCCACCUGUUAAGUCUGAAAAGAUGAAGCAAAUUAUUGACUUGAUGCAACUAAAUGAAGGUUUUAUUCUUACUGCUUCCAUGAGGCAAGACAAACUCAACAGAGGAACACUUAUUGCUGUGGAGGGUCCCGGUAUUUCCAAUAGAUUAUUUGAGAUUGUUUCAAAUGGACGAGCCAAUACUCUGGACCUAAUUUAUUGGGUGGAAGGUUCUCAGAAUGUUAUUUCCUUGGAGGAUGUUGACCUGGCAGACUCUCAGUGGAAAAAUAUUACAGUUCAACUGACAGGUGAAAACUUCAACCUAUAUGUUGGUUGUGACCUUAUGGACAGCUUCCGCCUGGAGGAAACCUUCUAUGAGCAUUUAAAAGGUGUUAACAACAAGAUGUAUUUGGCUAAGGGCUCAAUACGUGAAAAUCACUUUAGGGGACUGCUACAAAACGUUCGACUAAUAUUUGAUUCUACAGUUGAAGAUGUUUUAAGACAAAAAGGCUGUCAGCUGAGCCACACAGGUGAUAAUGCAAUCAAUGAGAAAACAGAAAUGAUCCAUCUCACCCCCCUGACCGAAUACGUGGGGAAGAAAGAAGAUAGACAAAUAGACUUCUGUGACCGAUCAUGUGAUGAGUUAGGGACUAUGUUUACUGAGCUGUCUGGCCUCCGUGUGAUUGUCAAUAAUCUGCUAGAAAAUCUUCAGAAAGUGUCUGAAGAAAACCAGGAGUUGUGGGAACUGAUAGGUCCCAACAGAACUCUUAGGAACCAGUCAGUGUGUUGGCAGGAUGGGCGUGUUUUUGCAGAUAAUGAGAACUGGAUUGUAGACAGCUGCACAAAGUGCACCUGCCAGAGUUCAAAAACAGUUUGCCAUCAGAUCACAUGCCCAACUAUACACUGUGACAGCCCAACAUUUGUUGAAGGGGAGUGUUGCCCCGACUGUUUGUCAUCAGGCAAUGAAGCUGGCUGGUCUCCAUGGUCUGAAUGGACAGAAUGCUCAGUAACUUGUGGCUCUGGAACUCAACAACGUGGAAGGUCAUGUGAUGCUACCAUUAGCACAUGCACUGGUUCAUCAAUCCAAACAAGAACGUGCAAUCCUGGAAAAUGUGACAACCGCAUACGACAGGAUGGUGGUUGGAGUCAUUGGUCACCUUGGUCAGCUUGUUCUGUAACUUGUGGAAUUGGUAACAUUACUCGUAUUCGUUUGUGCAACUCUCCCAAGCCACAGCUUGGAGGCAAAAACUGCACCGGAACUGGACGUGAAACAAAAGCAUGUGAAGGCGCACCAUGCCCAAUUAAUGGUAAAUGGGGACCAUGGUCUCCUUGGUCUAGUUGCACUGUAAGCUGUGCAGGAGGUUUACGAGAGAGGUCCCGUAUCUGUAACAACCCCAGGCCCCAAUAUGGAGGAAAGAAAUGUGCUGGUGAUACUAAAGAAAAAGAAAUGUGUAACAAGCAAGACUGUCCUAUUGAUGGAUGCUUAUCUAGUCCGUGCUUCCCUGGAGCUGAAUGCAAUAGCUAUCCUGAUGGAUCCUGGUCGUGUGGAGCUUGCCCUGUCGGAUACCUUGGUAACGGAACAUUUUGUGAGGAUCUUGAUGAGUGUGCACUAGUUCCUGAUGCCUGCUUCAGAUUGGGAGGUGUCCAUCGUUGUGUGAACACAGACCCAGGUUUCCACUGCCUGCCAUGCCCACCACGAUACAAGGGCAGCCAACCAUUUGGUGUUGGAAUAGAAUUUGCUAAGAAAGAAAAGCAAGAAUGUGAACCAGUAAAUCCAUGUAAGGACAAAACUCACAACUGCCAUAAGAAUGCUGAAUGUAUUUACAUUGGCCACUUUAGUGAACCAUCCUUCAAGUGUCAGUGUCAAACUGGAUAUGCUGGAGAUGGCAUAAUCUGUGGGGAAGAUACCGAUUUGGAUGGAUGGCCAAAUACUAAUCUCAUUUGUGCUGCCAAUGCCACUUACCAUUGUAUUAAGGAUAACUGUCCCAUGCUGCCUAACUCAGGACAAGAAGACUUUGACAAGGAUGGCAUUGGUGAUGCCUGUGACAAAGAUGAUGAUAAUGAUUCAGUAGAUGAUGAAAAGGAUAAUUGCCCCCUGCUUUUUAACCCUCGUCAGUUUGACUAUGACAAGGAUGAAGUAGGAGAUCGAUGUGAUAACUGCCCUUAUGUGCACAACCCAGCUCAGAUAGAUACUGAUAAUAAUGGGGAGGGUGACGCUUGUUCUGUGGACAUUGAUGGAGAUGACAUCUUAAAUGAGCUGGAUAACUGUCCGUAUGUGUAUAAUACAGACCAAAUCGAUACAGAUAAAGAUGGAGUGGGUGACCAAUGUGAUAACUGUCCUUUGAUGAGUAACCCUGACCAGACUGAUUUGGACAAUGACCUUGUCGGAGACCAGUGUGAUAACAAUGAAGACAUUGAUGACGAUGGCUACCAAAACAAUUUGGACAACUGUCCCUAUAUACCGAAUGCAAACCAAGCAGAUCAUGAUAAAGAUGGAAGAGGAGAUGCCUGUGAUUCAGAUGAUGACAAUGAUGGUGUCCCAGAUGAUCGGGACAACUGUCGGUUAGUCUAUAACCCUGACCAAAAAGACUCCAAUGGUGAUGGCCGGGGUGAUGCUUGCAAAGAUGAUUUUGACAAUGACAGCAUACCUGACAUCUUCGAUGUCUGCCCAGAAAACAGUGGUAUUAGUGAGACAGACUUUAGAAAAUUCCAGAUGGUUCCUUUGGAUCCUAAGGGAACCGCACAGAUUGAUCCCAACUGGGUCAUUCGCCACCAGGGCAAAGAGUUAGUACAGACUGCCAAUUCAGAUCCUGGAAUAGCUGUGGGUUAUGAUGAAUUCAGUGCAGUGGACUUCAGUGGAACAUUUUUUGUAAACACAGACCGGGAUGAUGACUAUGCUGGCUUCGUGUUUGGCUAUCAGUCUAGCAGCAGGUUUUAUGUAUUCAUGUGGAAACAAGUCACUCAGACAUAUUGGGAAGAUAAACCAUCCAGGGCUUAUGGUUACUCUGGAGUGUCAAUAAAAGUUGUCAAUUCUACAACAGGCACUGGUGAGCACUUAAGAAAUGCUCUUUGGCACACUGGAAAUACACCAGGAGAGGUGAGAACAUUGUGGCAUGAUCCCAAAAAUAUAGGCUGGAAAGAUUAUACUGCAUACAGGUGGCAUCUUACUCACAGACCCAAGACUGGCUAUAUUAGAAUUGUUGUCUAUGAAGGAAAGCAGAUAAUGGCAGACUCUGGUCCCCUAUUUGACAAGACAUACGCAGGUGGACGGCUGGGACUCUUUGUUUUCUCCCAAGAGUUGAUAUAUUUCUCUGAUCUCAAGUAUGAAUGUAAAGAUUUUUAAGAAAUAUUAGAUGUGAUAUGUGUACUGUACAUCCCAUGAGACCAAGACACCUCAAUUAAACCUAGGACUCCCAAGUAUCAUCAAAAUGACCUCCCUACUGCAAGCAGGGUAAUGCAUCAUGUACCCAUUAAGGACAAUGCAGAAGAAGAACACAUUGCACAAUAGUAGCCCAGCAGAGGAGGGAUAUGGCCUGAUUGUUCUUACUAGGUGGAUAAAUCAGUAGAUAAAGAUGGCGAUUUAUGUAAAAUGCUAAUGCAAUAACAGCAUAUAUUUUAAUUUAUGUUCCACUUUUAUUAGCCAGCUCACAUAUUUUUACCUAAUAGUUUUAUGAAUGUGCUUGUUUAUCCUUGGAAUGUAAGCUUUAUUCAAGUGCCUGUCUUGUUUUAACAAUUUUAGGACAUGAAAAUGUUUUUACUAUAAAGUUUAGGUCUGACUUUAUUUAAACACCCUAAACAUAGGAUAAACAGGGAUAUGAUACAUAAUGACUAUAGAAAAUGUUCAAUAAUAAAUUACUUAGUGAAAAGUGGUUCUAAAAACAAAUUGCACAGGAGUCCUGUGUUUCCCAUAUGGCUCUUGUAUAUUUGUAUAAUGUUGUGAAGCUUUAUGCUGGUAGUAAUAUUACUUAUGAUUAUUGGCCAUUAUAAUGAUUCCAAGAUGCCAACUACUUCACCAGCCAGUCAUAACUAGUUGAUUGAUAAGAAUUGUGAAGCAGUAUCAUUUCUAUCUUAUCACUUUACAUGAAUAAAUGUAGCACACAUCUAAAUGACUGUUAUGUCACAGGAUGGAAGAAAAUGAGAAUUCGGGGCAUGGCAAUCUCCUAGAUUCAUUUUAGGACUAGGCAGUGUUUUUUACACAUUGUUACAGCUUAGAUUUUAUUUAUAAAGUAAGAAAGCAUAACAUUUAUAUAUGUGUCAAUGUUGGUGCUAAAAAGUACACAGCAACAUUCACAUCUCUUCAUAAUCCCAAAUACUAGCACUAAUAACUAGCACUAUUUACACAAUUUAACAGCUGGUAACACAGCACAUAGUAGGAAAAUAGUUGUAGGUUUUACUUCUAUUUGAAUAGCUUAAAUAGUUAACCAAGAUAACAAUAUUCUUUUUUUUAAUAGUAAAGGCAAGUAAAUGUAUGUCAUAACAUAACAUGACCUUCCUCAGGGACAAUCACAGUCAUAACAAUUGUUUUGUAUGCUCUUGUGAUGUAAGAAAGCUGACAAGAAUAAAUAAAUAACAUGGAUAUCAAUGUAUGCACAAUACGAGUACACUUGCGGUUUUUAACAACAUAAUCUGAUGUGGACAUCUUACUCAGGACUCAUUUUGCCAGUCCAAAGUUGUCAGUGUUGCAUCAUUGUAGCAUCAAGUAAUAUAAGCCAUUUUAUAGAAAUAUGAUCAUGUAGAAAAGAGUACAUUUGUUUAUGUAUGUAGUGUACUGAUGUGUAUUUAGUUAUCCCUGUAGAAGGAAACUGCAAUCAGACAUGAUAUGAGAGGAGAUAUCCCUAGGAAAGUAUUCUAGAUUGUAUAUGGGAAUGUAUUGUAGUUGCUAUUUUUCCACUAUUUAAGUUACAGUCACUAGAUUUCUGUACAGUAAAACACUAGCAUGUUAUUAUAUUGCUAAGGAAUAUCUUUCUAAACAUACUCUUGUUGAAUAAUUCCAUCUAAGUAUUAUGUAUAAAAAUAAGUUAUAUGGUGUAGCAGACUCUUUUUAUGUAAAGUUUUACAUAAACAUGUUUAGAAUGUUAAUCCUGAACAGUGUAACAUCAUACUUGUGGUUUAUUGUACAAAAAGCUAAUGACAGUUUCUCUUUAAGAGUCCAUUCACAAUUUGUAAUUUCCAAGCGCAAUUCUGCACAAUAAUUCAGUUGCAGCAGCCUCCCAUUGUUUUUGAUGGGAUUCUGCUGCACCAUUCACACUACAGAAUUUCCGCCAUUGUAAUUCCGCUGAAAGGAUAAACAUGUUGAACUUGAUGGACAUAUGUCUUUUUUCGACCGUACUAACUAUGUAACUAUGUUCAUUCUUUUGGUAGAAUUCAUACAGAAAUACAUUGCCGUCUAUUGAGAUGUCGCAUUUCAAAAGUCGGUUGGUCCUAGUGCCGACUUUUUUUGUCGGCACCCGCUAUAGAUGAAAUAUCUGGGUGGAACAUCUGAAUUGUGAAUGGGCCCUAAAACUAGCACUUUAAACUGAUUCAAAAACCAAAGUAACAGAAUUAUAGAAUUCCUAACACAGUCUGAAACUUACCCUGUUUUUAGAGUUGUUUUGAAACCCAACAAAGGGAUCUUGUACACAAGCACAACACAGCUAAUAACAAGCUUUAGGACAUAUGGAGCGGCAUUACAGGAAAGUCUAUUUUUAUUUGUGGCAUAUUUCACAUACUGAUGAAAUACAGAACUCUCCUCUAGAGGCAUUAGGUCCAAUUUACUACUCCAAAUGCACCAGCAUUCUGGCUUACUUGACUUAAGCCACAUUUGCUUUGAGUUUUAGACACUUUUCCCCUAAUUGGCCUCAGUUAAGAGGUGUGGUCUUUGAAAGGGACAUGGCUUAGGAUGCAACACAGUGCGCCAUAAAAAAUGUGCCAGAAUUUUGAUGCAAGAUUCUGGUGCAGUUUAAGCCAAUUAGUCAGUCCAGUCAAGCAUAAACCACUUCUGCAGGAAGGCUAUUCCAUGCAUCCACUAAUGCUUCCUGAUAUUACUUUAAAACCUUUGCACCUCUAAUUUAAAACUAUGUCCUCUUGUGGUAGUUUUUCUUCUUUAAAAUAUGCUCUCCUCCUUUACCGUGUUGAUUCCCUUUAUGUAUUUAAAAGUCUCUAUCAUAUCCCCUCUGUCUCUUCUUUCUUUCUUUAACCUUUUCUGGUAAGUUUUAUCCUGCAAUCCAUGUACUAGUUUAGUAGCUCUUCUCUGAACUCUCUCUAGAGUAUCUAUAUCCUUUUGGAGAUACAGCCUCCAGUACUGCGCACAAUACUCCAAGUGAGGUCUCAUCAGUGUUCUGUACAGCGGCAUGAGCACUUCUCUCUUUCUACUGCUUAUACCUCUCCCUAUACAUCCAAGCAUUCUGCUAGCGUUUCCUGCUGCUCCAUUACAUUGUCUUCCUACCUUUAAGUCUUCUGAAAUAAUUAGUACUAAAUCCCUCUCCUCAGAUACUGAGGAAGCAUGAUACACUUAAAUAAAUCUGUCCCAUUGCUAGACUGUGUAGUCUAUGUUUCCACUGUCUAAGACAUAGAUCGUUUAAGUAAAUCUGAGCCUAUGGGGAAGAUUCAUCAAGACAUGUGCAGAGGAAAAGUUGACCAGUUGCCCAUAGCAACCAGUCAGAUCGCUUCUUUCACUUUUGAAAGGCCUUUAAAAAAAUAAAGUGAUCUGAUUGGUUGCUAUGGGCAACUAGUCAACUUUUUCUCAGCACAGGUCCUGAUGAAUCUCCUCCAUUGUGUCUAGAGGAGAAUACUUUCCUACAGCUAGACUCAAACAAGCAGUGGCAUCUACUUUUGGCUUUGGCUCACUUGCCACAGAAGACGCAUGUGGGAUUCUGACCCAAUACAUAGUUUACUGUGUGAAUUAAGCUUGAGGUUGGGUUCACACAUUGUAAAAUAACAAAUAAUAUGUUCUAUAAAGUCUAUGGAAAAGCGGCUGUGAGUGCAAAUAUUGUAUCAAAAACAUAGGAAUUCAGGCCAAAACAAUGUGUGCACUGACCAUGGCUUUUCUUUUAAUUUAGCAUGUGAGAACCCAGUCUAAUAUUGCCAAGAUUGCAGCAGAACAAAAGCAGAAAUAUAUAUUUAUAUUAGUCUGAACUAAACACAGCCAUAUUAUUAAAUCACUGCUUCUAGUUUUGUUUUAGUAUUACCUGCUGAUUUUCAUUGGUUAGUUUUAAGUUUUUUUUUUUUCACAUAAAUACUGGUGUACAUAGACAUUUUGUUAUUAUUAUUAUCAUGAAUAUAAAUUGUAAUAAUAAUAGGAUAAUGUCAGAGAAUAUUCAACAGCAAUAUAAUCAUUUUAUAGAAAAUUUUUAAUAAAAGUUUUUAAUAAAAGUUUGUGAUGUACAAUUGGGUCAUAAUAAGGGAUUUUUUUUUUGCAUCUGUCACUAUAAUAUUAUUUCAAUCCACAUUUUAGUGCCAAUAUAUACUAUACAAGCUAUGUUCAGGAGAUAUAGCACAUUUAUAUAUAUGCUAUAAAUCCAUAUGCUGUAUUUGUGCCAUUAUUGUCAUGUCGACAGCUUUCUUUAUCUCUUGGUUCACUCAUUAACUCAUUACAUGUAUGCAUUGUAUUUCACGGAGUCUAUUCGGGAUUUGCUCCACAAAGUGUUAUGUGGAACAAUGAUGUUUAUAUUAAUAGACUGUACAUCUUUAUUCUUUGUAAAUUAUUUAUGGUUUUUACUUUAAAAUUUUAGCUUUGUUUAACUUUAAAAGAGAAGAUUUCUUUUUGUUUGCCAAAGAUUGUAAAUAUUUAUUUAUUUGUUUAUGUGGACAAAGCUUACAAAGAACGUCAUGUAGCCAAAUGCAGUCUUUUUUAUAUUUUUUCCAAAGAUUCAUAAUAGCAAAUAAAAUAUAAA